CGUUUCUUUCUUUCUUUCCCAACGUCAAGAUGGCUGAUCAGAACGAGCGUGCGUUCCAGAAGCAAAUCGGUGUGAACCUGAACCGCAAACAGGUCAACAAGAAGAAGGGUUUCCGUCUGCACCGCAGCAUCGGACUCGGAUUCAAGACCCCGAAGGAGGCCAUCGCCGGAACCUACAUCGACAAGAAAUGCCCCUUCACCGGCCACAUCUCGAUCCGUGGGCGCAUCCUGAACGGCGUGGUGCGCAAGAUGAAGAUGCAGCGCACGAUCGUGAUCCGUCGUGAUUAUCUGCACUUUAUCCGGAAGUACGACCGGUUCGAGAAGCGUCACAGAAAUAUCAGCGUGCAUCUGUCGCCCUGCUUCCGGGACGUCGAAGUCGGAGACAUCGUGACCGUCGGCGAGUGCCGGCCCCUGUCCAAGACGGUGCGCUUCAACGUGCUCAAGGUGAGCAAGCUGGCCGGUGCCAAGAAGAAGUUUACCAAGUUCUAAAGCACACGCGCGCAUUAUGAACUAUAAGUGUAUAACAUCGGGGUAAGGGGAGAAAAGCGAAAACAAUAAAAUUCCAGAUUGUUUGAUGAAAAAAAAAAAGAAGUAACCACUAAUCGGGAAA